AUGUCACUCCCCGUUACCCAAGAGGCCAUAUUUAUUGGGGCUAAUAAACAAAAUUAUGUCUCUGAUUACAACCUACAUCACAAAAUCAUCGCAUUUGGUGCAGGCACAACCGUUGCCAUUUGGAACCCUUUGGAUGAAACGCACCGCGGAGUAUACUAUACUUUAAAGAAGCAUACAAAAGAGGUUACAGGAGUUAAAUUUUUGCCCAGCAGUGAAUUUUUGAUAUCUAUUGGAGAAGAUCAUAUCGUAAAUGUGUGGGAGAAAAGUGGUGAUGUUUAUAAACACCAUCAGUCGCUUCAUGGCCAUGAAAAUUCCGUGACAUGCAUUGCAGAAGUGAAUGAAAAGAUUUUUGUUACGGGCGGAGCUGAUCAAAACAUAAUAAUAUGGGUCUAUAAUGGAGAGGGAUUCAAGUUGAGCCACAAAUUCAAAGUCAAGUCCAAUUUUUAUCCUUUGUCGUUAGCAAUUCAGCAAACCAAUGAGGAAGAAAAUUACAUUCUUGCAAUUGGAGGAACCACCAAUAAUAUUUACAUUUAUUCUUUUCAAGCCACACAGGAGCCAAUUAUAAAUGUCGACAAGAGUGCUGAAUUAACUGGUCACGAGGAUUGGGUCAAAACUCUCCAAUUUGUCACUAAAUCGAAAUACAGGGACUACAUCUUAGCAAGUGGCUCACAAGAUAGGUAUGUUAGGCUAUGGAGAUUGAAGUUGAAUGAAUCUAUUGACAACACCGAUGAGGAUCCUACAAAAUUAACAUUGCUAUCCAACAAACAAUACAAAUUCAACUUUGGUGGUGAUAAAAGAGCAGCAUUCAGUUUUGAGGCAUUAAUUAUGGGUCAUGAUGAUUGGAUUAGUGGUAUCCAAUGGCACCCUUCUUGCAAAUACCAAUCAGAGAAUGCUGAGUCCAAAUUACAAUUGUUAACAUCCACUGCCGAUACUGCAUUGAUGAUUUGGGAGAUGGAUACAGAAUCGGGAAUUUGGGUGUGCACAAGUAGGCUAGGUGAAAUGUCUAUUAAAGGAGCAUCAACGGCUACAGGGGCCUCUGGUGGGUUCUGGUCGUGUUUGUGGUUUAUCGAUGAUAGCACUAAUGAGGAAUAUGUUGUCGCUACGGGUAAAACAGGUGCCAUAAGAGCGUAUAAGUCGGUUUCGAACGAUGCGAAGUAUUUUAAAGAGACCAUUGGUGUUACUGGUGCCGUUGGUGCAAUUACAGAUUUGAGAUGGUCCAUUGGAGGUGAAUAUUUUAUGGUUACAUCACUUGACCAAACUACUAGACUUUACGCACCAUGGAUAAGAGACCAAAUGACUACAUGGCAUGAAAUAUCUAGGCCCCAGAUACAUGGUUACGACAUGAUAUGCUGCGAUAACAUUACAAAGACCAAGUUUGUGUCUGGUGGUGAUGAAAAGAUCUUACGUGUAUUCGAGCUCACUGAAUCUAUAAGACAACACUUGAAGUCUUUGGGAGGUAUUGAGAUUAACGACGACAAUGAGAAACUUCCUGAGUUUGCCACAUUACCAGUGUUGGGGUUGUCAAACAAGGCUGAUGCGCAGGUGGAAGAGGAAACAAAAAAUGACGAACUGAUUGGGGAGCUUGUCCACAAGGUAGAUGAGGACAUAACUGUGCCACCUACGGAAUCAUACUUACAAAGAAACAGUCUUGCAACGGAGAUUGAGAAACUUUACGGCCAUGGGUAUGAAGUGACUUGUUGUUCAACUUUUCCCAAUGGAAAGCUUAUCGCAACUUCAUGUAAAUCAAACAAUGCCAAACAUGCUGUGAUACGAAUAUUUGUUGUGAACAAUGACUAUCAACAAUCGAAGCAAGUUCUUGCUGGGCACAAUUUGACCAUCUCAAGUCUCAAAUUUUCUCCUGAUGGUAAAUACUUGUUGGCAGUUUCCAGAGACAGGCAAUUUUCCUUAUGGGAGCUUAUAGAUGAGAACAAGGCAGAAUUCAAAUUAGUCGAGCUUAAUACCAAGCCACACUCAAGGAUUAUCUGGGAUUGUUCUUGGUUACCAAAUGCCAAUUCUUUUGUCACUGUUUCACGUGAUAAGCAAAUGAAAUUAUGGGAAAUCAAAAAAGAAAAAGUGGUGCUCGUGAAUAGUUUGAAAUUGAGCGAGGCCAUUACAUCUGUGUCAAUAUUCAAAGGCAAAGUAUCCAUUGAACUGAGCAUUAUUGCAUUGGGUCUCGAAAGCGGUCAGAUUUGUGUAUACUCUACUGAUGGUAAUGAUUUCAAACCGAUUGUGUCAUUUGAUGAAACUAUAACUCCAGCUGAUAGAGUAGAGAAGGUGAGUUUUAGUAGCCAAAUAACAGACAAUAAGUUACUCUUGGGAGUCGGUAGCAAAGACACUUCAGUUAGGAUAUAUGCUAUAGAAGAAACCUUAUUUAGAUGA